AUGACGGUUACGAAGCCGAUGGUCGGAGGCAUCAGAAUUGCCAUCGAUCGCGGAGGCACAUUCACCGAUGUGUGGGCGAGUCUGCCGGGAAAGCCAGACGUCGUUCUAAAGCUGUUGUCUGUUGACCCUGGUAACUAUGCCGAUGCGCCAACUGAGGGUAUCCGACGCGUCCUCUCGCUGUACCAAGGACAGGAAAUACCUCGCGGGGUUCCUCUUCCGAAAGAUGAUCUCGAAUUCAUCCGAAUGGGAACAACAGUAGCGACAAAUGCCUUGCUUGAAAGGAAAGGAACCAAACAUGCCUUUCUCGUUACGAAGGGCUUCCGCGACUUGCUGAAAAUCGGAUAUCAGUCCCGACCGCGCCUCUUUGAUCUAAACAUCGUUAAACCCGACGUCUUGUACGCCGAUGCCAGGGAAAUCGAUGAGAGAGUGACAAUUGAAGGAUUUGAUGAGGACUUGGAUGGUUUGUUCAAGUCGGACAACGAGAUACCAGGAGUGCUCGUGAGGGGCUCGAGUGGUGACAUGAUCCGCAUCUUGAAGCCUCUCGAUGAAGCUGCUGUGAGACAAACUUUGCGAGAACUACGAUCUCAAGCCUAUGAUACUGUUGCAGUAUGCUUGGCGCAUUCCUAUGUUUUUCCAGCCCAUGAAAGCCAAAUCGAACAAUGGGCUCUAGAGGAAGGCUUCACCCAUGUGUCGUGUUCGUCUUCUGUGGCAGCCAAGAUGAUCAAGAUGGUGCCCCGUGGAGGCUCUUCGUCAGCCGAUGCGUAUCUCACCCCUGAGAUCAAAAAGUAUCUUAGUGGAUUCUCAAAAGGAUUUCAAGGUGGGAAUUUGGAUGGUGUGCGUUGUGACUUUAUGCAGUCAGACGGUGGACUUGUAAGUCAUGACAGUUUCAGUGGCCUCCGAGGUAUCCUUAGUGGACCUGCAGGGGGUGUUGUGGGCUAUGCUCGCACAUCUUACGACGAUCACACAAAAACCCCAGUUGUUGGUUUUGACAUGGGAGGAACCUCGACUGAUGUUUCUCGGUACGGCGGCAACUUCGAACAUGUCUUCGAGAGUAAUACCGCCGGUGUUACUAUUCAGAGCCCGCAGCUUGAUAUCAACACUGUUGCCGCUGGAGGUGGCUCCAUUUUAUUCUGGCGAAAUGGUCUAUUCAUAGUAGGCCCUGAAAGUGCUUCAUCGCAUCCAGGCCCUGCAUGUUAUCGAAAAGGAGGGCCUUUGACAGUGACAGAUGCCAAUCUAUUCCUAGGGAGACUCAUUCCUCAUUUCUUUCCCAAGAUCUUCGGUGAGAAUGAAAACCAGCCACUUGAUAUAGAGAUAGUGAAGAAGAAGUUCAUUGCAAUGACCGAUGAGAUCAACCGCGAUACUGGAAAAUCACUCUCUCCUGAAGAGGUCGCCUGUGGUUUUCUUGAUGUUGCCAACGAAGCUAUGUGUCGACCCAUUCGGGCGCUGACUGAGGGUAAAGGGUAUGACAUCGCGAACCAUAAUCUUGCUGUUUUUGGAGGUGCAGGAGGUCAGCAUGCUUGCGAAAUUGCUCGAACACUCAAGAUCUCCACAAUAGUCAUUCACAAGCUCUCAAGUAUAUUGUCCGCAUACGGCAUGGCGCUGGCAGACGUCGUUCAAGAGGCACAGGAGCCUAUGAAUAAGAGAUACAACGAGACUUCUCGUGGUCGACUGGAAGAAAGACUUUCUAAACUUCAACUCGUCGUCCGAGAACGAUUGAUGAGACAAGGCAUCCGAGAAAAGAGCAUCACUUAUGAGGUGUAUCUUAACAUGAGAUACCAAGGUACAGAAACCUCGAUUAUGGUCCUCAAACCUGCCGACGGUGACUUCAAAGGUCAGUUCAAGAAGAUCCAUCUGCGAGAGUUCUCCUUCGUCUUUCCCGACGAAAAGGCGAUCUACGUCGACGAUGUGCGUGUCCGGGGCAUAGGUGUAAGUGAAAGAGAAGACUGGGAGGGAGAACAACUUGGAGAACAACUGCGCACUUUCAACUUCCAACCUGUCUCGUCGAAGUUGGUGGAACGUAUGGUCCCCGUCUAUUUCCAGAAUACCGGGUACAAGCAAACUCCCGUGCUGGUGCUCGAAGGUUUGCCGCCCGGUCUAUCAAUUGAUGGACCCGCUGUGAUCAUUGAUCAGACCCAAACGCUUGUUGUGGCACCGGGUGCUGUAGCCAAGGUCCUCCGCUCCCAUAUUGUCAUUGACAUUAUUUCUUCUUCCACUGCAACUAUUGAGCAGCCAGCUGUGGUUGAUCACAUCCAGCUGUCUGUUUUUGGGCAUCGCUUUAUGAGUAUCGCGGAGCAGAUGGGUCGUGCUCUACAGAAGACAGCAGUUUCUCUGAAUAUCAAAGAGCGACUUGAUUUCUCUUGCGCUCUAUUUGGACCUCAGGGUGAUCUGGUCGCCAAUGCUCCUCAUGUACCCGUUCAUUUAGGAUCAAUGAGCUACGCAGUUAAAUACCAACAUGAACUGCACAAAGGCAAGUUAUCUCAAGGGGACGUCCUGGUAGCCAACCACCCGGAAUCUGGAGGCAGUCACCUUCCAGACAUAACCGUCAUUACUCCGAUAUUUGAAAAGACAGGCUCGACUGUGGCUUUCUAUGUUGCCUCAAGAGGCCACCAUACGGACAUUGGCGGACUUGGUGGUACAUCAAUGCCACCUAAUUCCACAGAGCUCUGGCAAGAGGGAGCAGCUAUCCGGUCCUUUAAAUUGAUUCAUAAGGGGGUUUUCGACGAGAAAGGUAUCACCGACAUACUCUUGAGCCCAGGCGAGUACCUUGGCUGUACCGGGAGUAGGCACAUUCACGACAACAUCUCAGAUCUGAAGGCGCAGAUUGCUGCGAAUCAUAAAGGCAUGGUACUGGUUCAGGCUCUCAUUGAGGAAUACACUCUCCCUGUGGUCCAAAUGUACAUGGGGGCUAUCCAGUCCAAUGCGGAACUGGCUGUGCGUUCCUAUCUUCUUGAUACACUCUCCAGACUCGGGCCCCAUCUAUCAGCCGUCGACCAAAUGGACAAUGGAACCUUGGUCAAACUCACGGUGGAUAUAUCCAAAGAUGGCUCGGCAACCUUCGACUUCACUGGCACAGGGGUCGAAAUGCUAAGCAACAUCAACGCUCCGCCAGCAAUCACCCACUCAGCCAUAAUCUACACGCUUCGUCUUCUAAUUGGCACCGACAUUCCACUAAACCAAGGCUGUUUAUCGCCAAUCCAUGUGAUCAUUCCGAAAGGAAGCUUCCUCAACCCGUCAGCUGGGCCUGCCGUCUGUGCUGGUAAUACGCAGACCUCGCAGCGCCUGGUCGAUGUGAUCCUACGCACUUUCCGUGCUGCUGCCGCCUCACAAGGCACCGGUCAGAAGCUCAAAGGCUACGCGUAUGCAUUUGGCGAGACAAUUUGCGGCGGCUCCGGUGCCACGGCGGCACAAGAUGGCGCGUCAGGUGUGCAUACCCAUAUGACAAACACGCGCAUCACAGACGUGGAGAGCCUUGAGAAGCGGUAUCCUGUCAUUCUGCGCGAGUUUGCUAUCCGUGAAGGGACAGGUGGCAAAGGGUAUCAUCACGGUGGAAAUGGUGUGGUACGCGAUAUUGAAUGCCGGGCUCCCCUGAGUUUCAGUGUUAUCACAGAACGCCGAAGUGUGCCUCCAUACGGAAUGGAGGGAGGGGAUGAUGGUGAACGUGGUGCGAACUACUGGAUAAGGAAGGUGCAGAAUGAGCAUGGGGCCGAUGAGUGGCGCUGGGUUAAUAUGGGAUCGAAGAAUAUGGUCCGCAUGCGGGCGGGAGAUCGAUGUGUGAUUCAUACGCCUGGAGGGGGUGGAUGGGGCUUUGCUAGGGCAGCUGGGGGUACCACUGGGCAUGCCGAGGGCCGGAGCCUGAAUACCUUGGUCGAAUAUCCAAGGGCAUCCGGCAGUGUGAACGCCUAUGAUGCUGCUCAGCAAGCAUCAAAUUAG